UUUCAACUCGAUGCGUGAUUGACAACAGUUCAAUACUUUCCUUGUUUGGUACGAUGUCAACAAAAGCUAUACUCAUUUAAUACAUUUAAUAAGAUUCAAUCAAUCCGGCAUUAAUUACAUAUUUUUCUAUAUUAAUUAAACCAUUAUUCAUAUCGCCAGCAUCAUUUUUGAAAUAGUAAUGGAGUUAAUCAGAGGUUUUACGUAGCCUCCUUGGAACACAAUAAUAGUAUUGGAACCGCGGCAGUGGUGGUGGGUGGCGGGAGUGAGAUUACGUGUUUGUGUGUUUUUAUUUCGUGUUAUCUGCGACAUCCUGCACUUUUGUGUUAUUUCCAGGGCACUACGGAUCACCUCUGACGACUGCCCGGGACGCUGGAGUGAUGCCAUGCUCGGCUCCACGCAGGCGCUCGUCCUUUAGUGACACAAGCAGUGCAGGACAAGCUUGCUACAGCUUCCCUCGGUAUCCCUUGUCGUCGUCCUGGUCUCUCUCCUCUCCUCUCCUGCACAAAGCACACCGCCAAGCUUAUUUCACUCCGGGGCAUCUGUUUUGAUGCCAUGCUCGGCUCCACGCAGGCGCUCGUCCUUUAGUGACACAAGCAGUGCAGGACAAGCUUGCUACAGCUUCCCUCGGUAUCCCUUGUCGUCGUCUUGGUCUCUCUCCUCUCCUCUCCUGCACAAAGCACACCGCCAAGCUUAUUUCACUCCGGGGCAUCUGUUUGUGUGAACGACACGUAUGUGUGCAGCAGCAUGGAAGUGGGGGUGGUGCAGCAUGGUGAUGGUGCUGCUGGCGACCACCUCCUCCCUGGCCAGUGGCAUGCAGCAGGAGGCGCGGUCCGACACCCUGGUGAGCCUUGUGAGCAGAAUGUUCCAGAACCUGCCGUCUCUCAAGCAGGCCCUGUACGCCCCCCGGCCUGCCUUGUUCGUUGAGGGCAGGAGCCGCAAGGACCACACAGGAGGCCCCAGCCAAGCACCAGCGCCUGCCCACCAGUGCUUCGCGGAGCUGGGGUGCCUCUCCACGGGCGACGAGUUCUACCACCCUCAGCACCGCCCUAUUAACCUGAUGGCAGAGGCGCGGGAGGUGGUGAACGUAACCUUCAGGCUCUACACCCGAGAGGCUCUGCAAGGCUUCUUUGUGUCCGCACUGGACGUGUCUCGCAUUCUUUCGUCCUCCUUCAGGGCGGAAAGACCCACGAAGCUGGUCAUCCACGGGUACCUGAACGGCCGCAACAUGCCAUGGCUAGAGGAGGUGAUGUCUGCGCUGCUGGAGGCUGGGGACUUCAACGUCAUGUACGUGGACUGGACUGAUGGCUCCCUGGGUCUGUACACUCAGGCGGUGGCCAAUGCGCGGCUGGCGGGGUUGGAGAUCGCCCACCUCAUACGGUUCCUCGAGAGUCAUACCUCACUGCUGCCUAGGGACGUGCACCUCAUCGGCCAUUCCCUCGGUGCACACUUGGCAGGUUACGCUGGAGAGCACGUGGCUGGCUUGGGUAGGAUCACGGGUUUGGAUCCCGCGGAGCCCCUGUUUGAGUUCAUGCCACCAAGUGUCCGUCUCGACCCCUCCGAUGCUCUCCUCGUAGAUGUCAUCCACACAGACGCAGGCCGCUUCAGUUUCGGUGGCGGCUACGGGCUGGAACAAGCAGUGGGCCAUCUUGACUUUUAUCCCAACGGGGGCGUGAACCAGCCGGGAUGUCAGCCACCUCUCUCUGCGCCCCUCAGGUGGUUACACGAACGCCGGAACUUUUCAACAGUGUGGGACGCCGUGGAGGACGCUCUUGGGUGCAACCAUAUCAGGGCUGUGCAGUUGUUUAUUGAUUCAGUCCGGUCACAGUGCCCCUACGUCGCUUUCCGCUGCCCCUCCUUCCGCAGCUUUAGCCGGGGUGAGUGUUUUUCAUGUGGCAAAGAUGGCAGUGGGUGUGUGGCAAUGGGACUGCACGCUGAUUCCUGGCAGGCAGCACCGUCCUCCACAGGGCAGCAGCUGUAUCUCGUGACGGGCCCCCAAGAUGCUCCGUGUGUGUAUCAUUAUCGCGCCUUGCUGGAAUUUGGUGGAAGUGAAGAAGUUGAGGGUCUUCUGCAACUCAAAAUCCUCACGCCUGAUGGCCACACCGCCAGCUUUGACUUAACUGCUGGGUCUCCAAGUCAGUUUGAACCCAGACAGUCCCGCACCUUCCUACUGCAGCACUCCAGGGACUUGGGCAAAGCACAGGCUGCUCACCUCACUUGGACCUGUGCCCCUUACUACCCCUGUCAAUCUGGACCUGCCCUCACUAAGCUCACACUGCUCAACAUAGAACAGUUCAUCCAGAGGAGACGAGGCCGUCAUCUGGGUCUUGGCACGUCAGGAGUGACCUUCUGUGCCACUGAGGAGACUCCACUUAGGAGUGGGGAGAUCCAGGUGCUUCCAGCCUGCCAAACAAGCCAUCAUCAGCCAAGGCAGCCUUCCUGAAGAGGUUAGCUGCUGGUGAUACCAAAGAAAAAAAAAUAUUUGUGUAUGUAAUACAUACUGUUAGUUUUAAAGUUCAUCAGUCACCAGAUGAAGAUAAGUUUAUUCAUUUGGUUGUCCCUUGAUUUAGGAUUUAACUCAGGUAGUUCAUUAAAACUGAACAUAAGCUUCCUAGAUCUUUUCAGCAUAACCUUGGAAUAAGCAAUAAAGGGAAAUUUUGUUUGUGUGCUAUAUCAAAAUUUUGUUCACUUGAGGUUAAGGUGUCUUUUUACUGUGAUUAAUGCAGUUCUGUUCCUUGUUUCAUGUGUAUUGCUACUAUUCAGUUACAGAACAGUCUUACUGUUAAGUUUCUGAUCAAGUGUCUAAGUAUGUCAACUUUUAUUAAUUUGCUUCUGUUAUACAUACAUAGUACUGUAUAUAAGUUUGCCUAGCAUUAUGACCAGCUUGUCAUCACUGUUCAUCUUCAUCGUAAAUUCCUCAGAUACAUAUUAUAAUAUACCAAAGAACUUUUUUACAUGCUAGUACAAUAAAAUGCCAUAAUGAAUUUGACAGCAGUAUUGUGCAUAUUGUAGAUAAUAUUCUUCACCUGUAUUGAGCCACAGCUAGCUGGCAGUGUGACUGGGAUUGUGUGAUUGGUGGUGCUCAGUUUAGCAAUUUAAGAUAUGAGUAACUGUAAUGUGAGACUUGUGUCUAAAGUGUCUUACACAGGGCUUACUGGCCAGCAGUGAUGUAUCUCUCAUGAUGUAUCUUGCUUUCAAUUCAGAUUUUCAGUGUUUCCAUGAUGCUCCAAAGGCAUGACAUAGAACACUAAACACACUUAAACACGUUCAUCAGUCUUUCUUACAAUAUCCUUUGUGUAAAAAAUAAAUAAAUAAAUCUGGAUCACCAUGA